AUGGCUCAACAACAAUUUGACGAAGCUGGCACAGAUGCACAGGGUAAAGCUUAUUGCGAUGGUCUGCUUGGGAGUGAGUUGCAAGUUGAUUUACCAUGGAAAACCGACACGUACAUGAGCAAUAUAGAUGGAGAGAGUCUACGUGAACGCCCAGAGGUCUUUGCCGCCGCGGCAUGGUCAAUCGCCGUGAGCAAGUGGUUUUACAAAGAUGAAGUGGAGUUCCAGUUAGUCUUGAAAAAUGCCCAGGUUCUGUUACGGCUGUGUGUCACGCCAGAUCUAUACGUGGGCAAUCUACUGGAUCAAAUCUUAAAACAAACAGAUGCCGAUAAGCAGGAACCUGUUUCAAAGCCGGCGUCCUCCAGUUUUUCGAUCGUUUAUCAGAUGGCUGACAGUCGUUCAGAAUCUGCCAAGUCCAUGGUGGUGCGGUUCAACGUGCAAGAUUCCUUCUUGCAGAUGCAAAUCCAGCUUUCAGAGAAGAUAUUUCACCCAAGGGAGGCUGAGAACUUGGCCUCUAUGGUACAGGGCAUCCUCCAACACUUCACCGACAGUUCUAUGGAAUCCAUACCAUUAACAGAACUGAACCUAAUAAGUUCGCAAAGUCUCGGAGAAUUGUGGAACAGAAAUUCGACCGUACCCCCAGCAUCUGAGAAUCUCGUGCAGAGUAUGGUCCACCAAAGCGCCCAGGCCCGCCCAGAUUCCCCUGCGGUGUGUGCGUGGGAUGGAUCACUCACAUACAAAGAGCUGGUUGACUUGUCAACACACCUGGCGCUUGGUCUAUCCCGAAAAGGGGUGGGUAGAGGCGUGGUUGUGCCCUUGUAUUUCGAAAAGAGUCUAUGGAUGCCAGUUGCAAUUUUGGCAGUCAUCAAGGCUGGUGGAGUCUUUCUUCAACUGGCAAAUUCCAUACCCAGGGGCAGAAUCAAGGCUAUUGUGAACGCUGGGAACCCACCAUUUGCGUUGGUUGGGGAAUCUGCACCAGCUUGGAUGGGAGACAUUCUGCCCACACACACAGUCAACGACCUGAUGGGAUUGGUUAAGAACAUUGACUCGCCUUUACAACAGUGCUCAGGAGACCAGGACGCGGUUCAGCUAUUCACAUCCGGAAGUACGGGCACGCCUAAGGGCAUUGUAUGGACACAUACUGUGCUGGCCACAAACUGUGAGGAGAUAAUGAGGAAGCAGUCAUUUGGGCCAGAUACUCGGCAGUUCCAGACCGCGUCGUACGAGUUUGAUGUCAGCAUGAUGGAAUCUAUUGCCAUUUUAAUCUCCGGCGGAUGUCUUUGUAUUCCGCAGGAGGACGACGGCGUGCAUUGCUCUCCUCGAGCCCUGGAGGCGCUCCAGGCAAACUCGGUCUAUCUUACUCCUACGCUGGCUCGAAAACUCGAUCCCGACAGUGUCCCUAGCCUGAAACACUUGGCGCUCGAGGGAGAGGUCUUAUCUAAGGAUAUUGUGUCUAAAUGGGCUGGCAGAUUGACCAUGUAUAACUUCUACGGUCCGGCGGAAUGCCCUCAUGUGUCCGCAUGCACAAUCGACCCAGAUUCCUUCGAAACCGGGUUUGCAGGAGCAACCUCUGUUUGCCUUCGGUGGAUAGUGGAUCCGCACAAUCACGACAACCUUCUACCCGAUGGGGCUAUUGGGGAGUUACUAGUGGAGGGCCCCAUCCUCAUGGAUCGCUAUAUUGGCGGCGGCCCCGAUAAAGCAACUUUUGUGACUCCAACAUGGCUGCGCCGGGGCUGUGGCCGUUUUCCAGGACGCCAAGGACGAUUAUUCAAGACAGGGGACCUGGUCCGGUGUAAGCCGGAUGGCGGCCUGGUCAUCCUAGGCCGCAAGGAUACGCAGGUUCAGAUCGGUGGUGAAAGGGUGGAAUUGGCUGAGGUCGAACACCAUGUGCGCAAUUUCCUACGAGGCAGGGCUGGUGUUGUUGCCGAGAUGAUAACUCCAAGUGGCAGUCUGAAACCAACACUGGCUGCUUUCAUUGUCAUUAGUGGCGAUAAUGGCGCUUCUUCAGGCGCCAGCCUCAAACCUCUCACUGCCGGCAUAAAUGAGAAGCUGGCACAACAUGUCCCGCUUACCUUCAUCCCUGAGGUGUAUAUUCCAGUGGAUACAAUUCCGAUCACAGCAGCGGGCAAGACAGACAGAAAGAAACUACGCAAAAUGGGCAGUUGUAUUACUUUGGAUGAGAUAUCCCUAUUGCAGGAAUCCAGAUUAGAAACACCACAAGGAACCACAGAAUAG